GCCAUGGAAGCUGAAGAAAUUAUGGAAUGUAUCCAGGAAUUCCCUGAACACUAUAAAGUUAUUUUGGAUAGACUCAAUGAACAACGUGAGCAGGACCAGUUUACAGAUAUCACACUGAUUGUUGAUGGUCACCAUUUCAAAGCUCAUAAGGCUGUUCUUGCUGCCUGUAGCCAGUUCUUCUACAAAUUCUUCCAAGAUUUCACUCAGGAGCCCUUGGUGGAGAUUGAAGGUGUAAGUAACAUGGCAUUUCGUCACCUAAUUGAGUUCACCUAUACAGCAAAACUAAUGGUCCAAGGUGAGGAAGAAGCAAAUGAUGUUUGGAAAGCAGCUGAGUAUCUACAGAUGUUAGAAGCUAUCAAAGCACUUGAAAUCAGGAACAAAGAAAAUUCAUCACCCUUAGAAUCAAAUCAAAGACAAGGUAAAAAUAAAGCAAAAAAGAGGAAGAUUGCUGAAACAUCUAAUGUUAUCACAGAAGCACUGCCAUCUGCAGAAUCAGAGCCUGUUGAAAUUGAGGUUGAGAUUGCUGAAGGGACGAUUGAAGUGGAAGAUGACAGCAUCGAAACACUUGAAGUAGCUUCUGCAGAGCAAUCUAUAAAGUACAUACAUACAACAGGUACAUCAGAUGAAUCUGCUUUGGCUCUUUUGGCAGAUAUCACCAGUAAAUAUCGUCAAGGAGAGACAAAAUGCCAGGUUCAAGAAGAAGGUGGUGCAACUGAUCCCUCAUGCAAACAGGUAGAAGAUAUUGAACUUGUGGAACUUCAAGUGUCGCAUGUGAAGAAUCUAUUCCACUGUGAAAAAUGUAACCGUUCAUUUAAAUUGUUUUACCAUUUUAAGGAACACAUGAAAACACACUCUGCUGAGAGUUACAAGUGUGAUCUAUGCAAUAAAAGCUACCUACGAGAGAGUGCUUUGAAACAACACCUCACCUGUCACCACCUUGAUGAAGGUGGUUCUAGCAAGAAGCAAAGACCUGGCAAGAAAAUACAUAUAUGCCAAUACUGUGAUAAGCAGUUUGAUCACUUUGGACAUUUUAAAGAGCACCUCCGAAAGCACACAGGUGAAAAACCAUUUGAAUGUCCAAACUGCCAUGAGCAUUUUGCUAGGAAUAGUACACUCAAAUGUCAUCUGACAGCCUGUCAGUCUGGAGCUGGAGCUAAAAAGGGAAGAAAGAAGCUUUACGAAUGUCAGGUUUGUAACAGUGUGUUUAACAGCUGGGAUCAAUUUAAAAAUCAUUUGGUAAUACAUACAGGUGUCAAACCCAACCACUGUACCUUAUGUGAUUUGUGGUUUAUGCAAGGCAGUGAGCUAAGAAGGCAUCUCAAAGACAUGCACAAUAUUUCAGAACAAAUAGUGACAGAAGAGAUUCUUCCAGUGGAAGCUAUGGAAGCUGAACCAGUAACAUCAAUGACUAUAAUAGAACAAGUGGAGCAAGUCCAUGUCCUACCAGUAAUUCAGGUACAAGUGGAUCCUGCACAGGUAACUGUGAAACAGAUGCACCAGGAUCUCAUACAGGAAAAUCAAGUGAAAGGCACACAGAUGGAGGAACUGCAAGAACAGGUGCAAAUUAGUUAUUUAGAAGUUGAACACAUUCAGACUGAACAAGGUGCUGAAGUGCAUGUGGAGCAAUUACACGUUGGGCGUGUAAGUCGAAUACAGGUGGAAGAAGUACAGGCAGAACUUAUAGAUGGAACAGACCUUGAACAAGUAGAAUAUGAAAGUGUUGAUCAAGGAGAAGCAGAAGAAAAUGAAACCAGUCAAGUAGAUGAUGCAGAUAUGGAAGAUCAUGAACAAGCUGAAGACUUAAAAACUCAGCAAUUAGUGGACACACAGAAUGAAAAGGUGGAUAACUAGGACAAAUGACCACACUGUGCAGCUUUAGGAAUUAAGUACCCAAUUAUUUUUGCUAGCUUUUACAUUGGUUUUUGAACCAAUAGUCUGUGGUCACCUUUCCAAUAUGCUGUCCUUAGGAAGCUGGACAAGUGGACCAAAGUUAGUUUUCUUCAUGUAGAACUAAACCUCUCCUAUGUGAAAAAUAACUUUACCAUUCAUGUAGUGCCAUGGAACAGAAAACACCACAGCUUUGUUAGGAUUUUAAUAAUGAACAGCUUGUAUCAUUUACCUCAUCCCUAGGUAUAUGUAAGAGUAACUUUGCCUCUUUUCUUCUUGCUAUAGAAGCAAACUCUUGUUAUGGAUUUGCAGGG